AUGCGCCUCACUUACAUUGGGGGCAUGGAAGGCCAUCGAAAUCCCAAGCCAGAUGAAUUUGACGAAGAUAUCUCCGAUUUUGAAGGUCCUGGCAAGAAGGACGAGAACGAGAACGAGGGAUACUGUGAUUGCGACAGCGACGUAUCAGAGUGUGAAUGCGAACCGUCCAUUGACGAUCACGUGUCCGAGAGAUCAUACACUGAUGACGACGCGGACUACUACUACGAAUUAAAGGAGAAACGCGAAGAACGGAAGCGUGAGCUACGGGAUCUCAAAAGGCAGGAAGCAUCAAUGAAGCAAGAGGAACGCGACUACAAUGAGGGAAAAGUGAACGAGGUGCUUGAAGCAUACAAAACGCUGAAGAAAGCCAUUCGGAAUGGUGAUGAACCACCAAGCCUCGAUCCUCUAGCUAUAAUAGAGCGUUUUCGCCUGUUCUCCGUCGAACAUGUGGACUACUGCUGCAAUGGCGACUUCUAUCCGACGAGGCACGUUUCAUUUUAUUACUUCACGGACCUUUCGAAGGAGGGAAACGGCAAACGGUCAACGGAUGGUAAGCCCAAACCAUUGCUCGGCCACGUGCACCUUGAUGCGAACACACGCUGCAACUUGGACGCGUUUUCCCCUCCUACAAAGGCCGGAAGGGAGAAACAUCGGAUGACAGCAAAUAAAGGCAAACUGAAGCUCGAUGUGCGCUUCUUGAGCAACGACUAUCUGAUUAUUUCCAUACCUGCGACGGUAGUUUUUGGGAGUAAACCUAUUCCUCCAUCGGCUCCCAAAAAGUUCAAGUUCGCGGGGAUUCGUUAUACCUUGGAGAUGACGAUGAAAGAACCGGAAGCUAGGCGCAAAAGAAAGCGCUCACCCUCUUCCGAUGAUGAGCUUGAGUUUUACCAUCCAUCAGGAUACUGGUAA